CGGUGCCCCCACCAUAGCGAUCAACAGUCCAUUCUAUGUCGAUCCGAAUGUCCCGUGCGUGCAUCGCGCAGCGCCCGUGUUUUGCACUGACCAGCAAAGGCUCCGGGAGAGGAAUACGUUGAUCAUUGCCGUCGAAUUUGCUUCUAUUCGACCUAGGACAAUGGCGGAGAAAGACAACAUAAUGAUCAAACUUAUGAACUCUUUCUUGUACAUAAUAGAUACGCCGGUCACCUACGUCCGAGAGAAGUUCGUGGUGCCGAACCAAAAGAAGUACCCCUGGUACCACCAGCAAUACCGUCGCGUGCCGACGAUCGACGAGUGUUACACGGACGACGUGGUUUGUUACACCGAGGCAAAUUGUCAAUUCUUACGCGAUAAAUCAGUCGAGGAUGAAAUUCUCUUCAUUCUGAGAAGCCGUUUCGAACAGUGCGCCUUCUAUCACGGCGACGACGCACAUUUGUGCGACGACUUGAAGAGGACUUAUGAUGAAGCGGCUGUAAAUUGGUUUGUGAAAUAUGGUGAAAUGGGAGUGGCUAUAAACGCGAAAAACGCGUACAUGAAGCAGAAACAUCGUAUGAUCUGGGAACGCCGUCACGGUCCAGUGGGCACCGGCAUGAAGGACGAUAAAAAGGCGUAGCAACUUGCACCGGCGUCGUAGAUGACAAUUUAAUGGCAAACGCAUUCGCAUAAUGAAAUCGCAGGUUUGCUUAACGUGUACAGAUGUGUUGUGACUCGAGAGUACGGCGGGAUAAUAAAAGUAAUUUAUCAAA